AUUAUCGCCUCAGCCACAGUCAACACAUUUAUCUGUUCUCACCUCUCCAAAUACACAUGCAAUGUGUAGAAGUAGAGCUGAUGAGGAUGACUGGCUCCUUGAUGGCGAGGGGAGGAGGAGGAAGGAAAGAAACUGGACUGUGACUUUUUGCAGUUUCUUUUUCUGUCUAUUGUAUUUAGUGGCUCUGGUAAUGGCACUUGGUUCUGUUGUCUUUUUUGGUGUGGUCCAGCAUCAUGUUAGUAAAAAUAGUAAAAAAAGUUGUAUACUAUACAGUGCAUACAAUGAAAAGAUCAAUGCAUUAAAUGGCUCAGAUAACAUAUCCUGCAAUUUGAAUAUUGGGGGUGAUGUGAUACUGGCUUUCCUUUGUCUUGUACUCCUGGUUAUAUCACUAUUCCAAAUAGUGCGUGGAAGAUGGAGUACCUGCUGUGCAAUAUGCACUUUGUUGCUACAGAUUCUAGCUCUGAUCCUUGGACUGGUACUAGCUAUAGUUCUGUUGAGUGGAUACGUAAUAACAUGUAGCAGUACAAAAACAAAACCAUGUGCUAAAUUAUUUCCCAAACAUAAUGAUGACAACUACAUUCAUAUUUCACAGGGUGCUCUGUCAGUGUGCUUCUGUUCACUCUUUGCAUCACUGGUUACGCAGAUCCUCCUCCUCUGUUGCUGUAGGAAAAGGACUCGCUCAACAAGUCAAAAGCUUGACGAUAAUAACUGGAUUGAUAACGAUCGCAUCAUGAAAAGGAACGAAUAUGCUGUUUUUGAUUGAACUUUUGCUACCUUGAUUCACUUUUGAAGAAACGGAUUCUUCCUCAUACAUGUCAUAAUGUGUACAAUUUAACUUAGUUUAUACACAAUUGCUAUUUUUGUAUAAAAUUUUUGUCUUUUUGACUAUAAGCAGAGUCAAAAUAAUUAUAAUAAUAAAU